AUGGGACGUGUUGUGCUCGCGAAUAUUACCUUGGAAUGGCAAACAAGCUUCUGUCUUCAGUUUUUUCGAGGGACAUUUUCAGCAGAUGUUCGAGAAAGCACAACCGGCUUCUGCAUUGCUUUUGAGGACGACAUCAUUUCUGUUGAGCGUCAAAUUUUUUGA